GGAUAAUUGUCAGUAUCGCUCUGGAAGAACGAAAGCAACAAGUUUAAACAGUGUUAAAAUUUAAAUCGCAAUUAUUUUAUAAGACAAUUUGCAAUGUCACCUUCAAAAAUUCUAGUUUGCUUGUUCUUCGUAGUCUUCUCUGUGCAGACUGCUUUCUCGCAGAUUGAGGUCACACUACCAUCGCAAUGCGGUUUAGUGGAGGAUGAGUAUAUGGGCUAUUGUCCACCGUGGGAAGGAGGUCAACCUACCUAUCAUCCAUACCCGUAUGACUGCAGAAAGUUCCUGGAGUGCACAAACGGUGUAGUUCGGGCUCAGUGUUGUGCAAACGGUACCGUCUGGGAUCAGUCGCUGUUAGUCUGUAACCAUGAGUCCACGACUCCAUGCAUCAUUUUCACUACCCCACCACCCACCACGCCAACAACCACACCCACGACCACUCCUACUACUACGCCCACAACUACACCGACAACUACGCCCACAACCACGCCAACCACCACGCCUACAACUACUCCCACAACCACACCGACGACAACACCAACCACGACCACCACGACCACAACAACCACGACAACCACGACAACGACACCAGCACCAACAACUACAGAGGAUCCAAUUACAUGGAUUUGUCCAGAAGGUUAUGAAGGACCAAUGGCCCACCCGUAUGAUUGCCACUUUUUCUAUAUCUGCGAUCCAGGCCGUCGUCCGUGUCUUAUCGAGUGUGCCGCUGACCUGUACUACGACCCGGACACUGAGCAGUGUGACUGGCCCUUCAAUGUGCCAUCCUGCAGCGGAGGUACUCCUCCACCUGGCACGCCCACACCUAAACCACGCACAACGACUGCCUUGAUGAAUUACAAGAACCUGGCGAGAUCUAAUGUGCAAGAACUUUUACAGGAUCCUUGUGCUGGUGAUGAGACGGUUCUCAAGUUCAUUAAGAAAUCGAAUGCUAAAUACUUUUCGUAAUUGUUAAAAUAUUUUUAUAGAAACAGUAUUAUUAAGUUUUGUAUUUAUAAA